AUGACUUCUGACACCAUCAGCGCCCUCAACUACUUCAUUGCUCCACUUGACGGCUCUCGGCCUUACAUUUUAUUCUACCCAGAUAGCACCACGACAAAGCCGCCCUACAACUGGACCCAGGAGCCGCAUGCUAUGCAAAUUGAGGACGUGCGCGGGAAGGAGGAACUUUACAACCUUGACAAUGCCGGAUUUCAGUAUGGGCGAGAAGCGGCGAAGCAUGCCAGCUUCUUGAAUGAUGAUGAGAUUCAGCGCAAAUACUACCCUGAGAGCAUCGACCUCAUCAAGAGGGUUACGGGAGCGACCAGGGUUGUCAUAUUCGGUCACGUUGUUCGUCGCCGUCGCCCAGGCGAGGCACACGAUAACCCACAAAAUCAACCAGUCUCCGCUGUUCAUGUGGACCACACGCCUGCGGCGGCCAUCGCUGGUGUUCAUAGACACCUCCCACCAACAGAGGCUCCUUCCCUCCUUCGCAGACGCUUUCAAAGCAUAAACCUUUGGCGUCCUUUAUCGCAUGCAGCUGUAGAUUGGCCGCUUGCACUAUGCGACUUCCGCAGCGUCGAUUUCGAGAAAGACUUGGUGCCUGUCGCUCUUCUAUACCCUGACCACGAGAAUGACUCAUUCGGAGUCAAAUACAACCCAAACCACCAGUGGAAAUACAUGAAUGCGAUGACCCCGGAAGACUUUGACUCGAUACAGGAUGGCAGUGUGGCGAGGUUGAGCCCUCAUACUGGGUUCCAAGACUCGAACACUCCAGAGGGAACGCCGCCUCGGGAAUCCAUCGAGCUGAGAGCUCUGGUAUUCUAUGAUUAG